UUGCAGGGGGGCAGCGCGCCACUUGCCCGGGGUUCGGGGCGGAGCCCCGAAAUUUUUUUUUUGGCUUGGGUCUCCUUCGUAUUGCAGCAAAUUGGGUCGAAGCAUCUUUGCAGUAACUCGGCAAGUUUCCUUGAGAGAACGUACCAAUGGAAUUUCUUUUUAAAGUGUUAGCAAAAGAAGAGGCAUCAGACUGUCCCUUUGAUGCGAAGGACUUUCAGAGAUGUCCAUUUCUAAGGAACAUAAACAAACCUACUUGCUUUUCCUUUUCUUCUGUGCACCUCCCUAUUCCUGUCAUAUCUGGAUCGAAAGGUCCAAUAUUUGAAGAUGGCCCUGGCUUCGAUGUAGCGUUUAAGCUCUUUCAUGGGAAGGAUGGAGUUGUCCCACUGUCUGGGUGUUCUAGUGUUCCUGAUGACACUGCAGACUUUAAGCCAACACCAUAUUUCAACCCUUUAGCUGCUAAGGCCGCUACCAUUAGUCUAUCAUCGUUUGGGCCUGGAGGGCCCUUUUACUUUGGUUUGUUCUCUAACAAAUGGAAGAAACAGAAGAAUUCUGAUUCAUCUAAAAAAAAGCAAUCCUCAUCUAAGGUGGCUAUGCAUAAAGGAGAAAAUACUUCAAAGCACGAGGCUCUUGGAAAUGAAUGGCUAAAAGCAGGAAACUGCCCUAUUGCAAAGUCUUACCGAGCUGUAAGCCAUGUUCUCCCACUUGUUGCAACUGCAUUUCGGCCACCUCCUGGUAUGAAGUUCAAAUGUCCCCCUGCCGUGGUUGCUGCAAGGGCAGCUCUUGCUCGGACAGCCCUUGUUAAGUCCUUGCGUCCUCAGCCACUACCUGCAAAAGUGCUUGUUAUUGCAGCCUUGGGUAUGGCAGCUAAUGUGCCCUUGGGUGUAUGGAGGGAGCAUACCACAAAAUUCUCUCUUUCAUGGUUUACAGCAGUGCAUGCUGCUGUGCCCUUCAUAGCCAUGCUUAGAAAGUCUGUUUUGAUGCCUAAAGCAGCUAUGGCAUUGACAAUUGCAGCAUCCAUCCUAGGACAGGUCAUUGGCUCGAGAGCUGAGCGGCUUCGGCUGAAACAAAUGGCUGAUAAAGGAGGGGCCGCUUUGCAGAUGGCAUCUGCCAGCGCUAUUCACGGCUAUAGCCCAAGCCAGGUGGGAACUGCAGGUGCCAUCUCAAGCUAUGGCCAAAGUCAGGAUCAUGGUGUUACAGGUACCAUGUGUGGUGCAGAAGGAAUGAUACUAAACCCAAUUUCUAUAAAGAGUUCUGAACCAACUUCACCUGCAAAUGUGUGUUUCUGA